GCAGGAAGUGGAGCUGCAGGGACCCACAUAGAGCCGCAGACCGUUUCCCGUAGCGUGAUCUGUUCCCAUUGACGUCUUUCUUUCGGUCCCAGGAUUUCCUCCCCCCCAGAUUUUCUGCUCAUCUAGGAUCCCGAUUUCCUCCUCCUCCACCGCCCCUGCACACAGGGAUAGGAUGCUGAAGAAGUUUGAUAAGAAGGAUGAGGAAUCAGGUGGAGGUUCCAAUCCGUUCCAACACUUGGAAAAAAGUGCUGUGUUGCAAGAAGCUCGGGUAUUCAAUGAAACACCUAUAAACCCCCGGAAAUGUGCUCACAUCCUCACCAAGAUUUUGUAUCUCAUAAACCAGGGGGAGCACCUUGGUGUGAUGGAAGCCACCGAAUCCUUCUUCGCAAUGACUAAACUGUUCCAGUCCAACGAUCCCACUCUCCGACGGAUGUGUUACCUGACCAUCAAAGAGAUGUCCACCAUCUCAGAGGAUGUCAUCAUAGUGACUAGCAGUUUAACUAAAGAUAUGACUGGGAAGGAUGACAAUUAUAGAGGCCCUGCCGUGCGAGCCCUCUGCCAGAUUACAGACACUACCAUGCUGCAGGCCAUUGAGCGUUACAUGAAGCAGGCCAUCGUGGACAAGGUGCCCAGUGUGUCCAGCUCUGCACUCGUGUCGUCUUUGCACCUUCUGAAGACCAGCUUUGAUGUGGUAAAACGCUGGGUGAAUGAAGCUCAGGAGGCAGCUUCGAGUGACAAUAUCAUGGUCCAAUAUCAUGCCCUCGGCUUGCUGUAUCACGUGCGUAAGAACGACCGCUUGGCUGUCAACAAAAUGCUCAACAAGUUCAUGCGCCAUGGCUUGAAAUCGCCUUUUGCCUACUGCAUGAUGAUCCGAGUUGCCAGCAAACUGCUGGAAGAAGAAGCCGGAAGUCGUGACAGCCCCCUGUUUGAUUUCAUCGAGAGCUGCUUAAGGAGCAAGCAUGAGAUGGUGGUCUAUGAAGCUGCAUCUGCCAUUGUCAACCUGCCCAGCUGCACGGCCAAAGAGCUUGCACCCGCUGUGUCUGUGUUGCAGCUGUUCUGCAGUUCGCCCAAAGCAGCCCUUCGUUAUGCAGCAGUUCGAACCCUCAACAAGGUUGCUAUGAAGCAUCCGUCUGCAGUGACUGCUUGUAACCUGGACUUGGAGAACCUGGUGACGGACUCCAACCGCAGCAUCGCUACGCUGGCCAUCACAACCCUGCUGAAAACUGGCAGUGAGAGUAGCAUUGACCGGCUCAUGAAGCAGAUCUCCUCCUUUAUGUCUGAAAUCUCGGACGAGUUCAAGGUUGUCGUGGUACAGGCCAUCAGUGCCCUCUGUCAGAAGUAUCCACGCAAGCAUGCAAUCCUCAUGAACUUCCUCUUCACCAUGCUCCGUGAGGAGUCAAUGGGAAGCACGAAGCCUUGGUUUUCCAAACCUCGACUUGGAUUCGGUACCGAGUCGAAGCGGACCAACUCCGAAUCGGUCCGAGCAGAAGCGGGCCGUUUUCUGAAGUGCCAAAUCGGGCUCCAGGUCGAAGCGGGGUGUCGGUGCACACCUGUACCUACUACAGACAUGGGUGGCUUUGAUUACAAACGAGCCAUUGUUGAAUGCAUCAUUGGCAUCAUUGAGGAGAACUCUGAGAGCAAAGAAACUGGCCUCUCCCACCUCUGCGAGUUCAUUGAGGACUGCGAGUUCACCGUCCUGGCUACCCGUAUCCUCCACCUGCUGGGCCAGGAAGGGCCCAAGACCAACAACCCUUCAAAAUAUAUCCGCUUCAUUUACAACCGAGUUGUCUUGGAACACGAGGAAGUCCGGGCAGGUGCUGUGAGUGCUCUGGCCAAAUUUGGGGCUCAGAAUGAAGAGAUGCUACCAAGCAUCCUAGUGUUGCUGAAGAGGUGUGUGAUGGAUGAUGACAAUGAAGUGAGAGACAGGGCCACGUUCUACCUGAGCGUCUUGGAGCAGAAACAAAAGGCCCUCAACGCUGGCUACAUUCUGAAUGGAUUGACGGUAUCCAUUCCCGGCCUGGAGAGGGCGCUGCAUCAGUAUACUCUGGAGCCCUCUGAGAAACCCUUUGAUCUGAAGUCGGUUCCCUUGGCAACUGCCCCCAUCAUUGAACAAAGAACAGAAAACGCUCCCAUCUCAACAGUCAAGCAGCCAGAGAAAGUUGCAGCAACCCGACAAGAAAUAUUCCAAGAGCAACUAGCUGCUAUUCCAGAGUUCCGGGGUCUUGGCCCGCUGUUUAAAUCUUCUUCUGAGCCAGUGGCGCUUACUGAAUUGGAGACAGAGUAUGUGAUCCACUGUACCAAGCACACAUUCACCAACCACAUGGUGUUCCAGUUUGACUGCACAAACACCCUGAACGAUCAGAUCCUGGAGAAUGUCACUGUGCAGAUGGAGCCAACGGAGGGAUAUGUCGUCAUCCGUUACGUACCUGCCAAAACCUUGCAGUACAACCAGCCUGGUACUUGCUACACAUUGAUUGCGUUGCCUGAAGAGGACCCAACAGCAGUGGCAUGUACUUUCAGCUGUAUGAUGAAAUUCACCGUCAAAGACUGUGACCCAAACACCGGUGAAGCCGAGGAGGAGGGCUAUGAGGACGAAUACGUGCUGGAAGACAUUGAGGUGACCCUAGCAGACCACAUCCAAAGGGUUCUGAAGCCAAAUUUUGGAGCAGCCUGGGAAGAAGUUGGUGAUGAGUUUGAAAAAGAAGAGACUUUCACGUUAUCCACCGUAAAAACCCUGGAAGAGGCAGUAAGCAAUAUUGUGAAAUUUCUGGGAAUGCAGCCUUGUGAGCGAUCAGAUAAAGUGCCUGAAAACAAGAACUCUCAUGCCUUGUACUUGGCAGGUGUAUUUCGGGGAGGUCAUGACCUCUUGGUUCGCUCUCGCCUUGUCCUGACAGACAUUGUGACAAUGCAAGUCACAGCACGGAGUGGAGAAGAACUACCUGUGGAUGUCGUCAUGGCCUCUGUGGGCUAGACACGUUUUAGGACUUCACAUAUCAAACUCCAAAGCUGAAAGGGGUGUUGGAAAUUUCUUUCCCCUGUUCUGGACACUAAGGGAAUUACUAGAACACUGGCAUCAGCUCUUUUUCUAAUUAGAAAAUAAUAAUUAGUUGUGUGGAUAUAAAGCCUAAGAGGGUUUGUAAGGGACGGUAAGAGGUUUUAUGAAGUACUAAACCGAUCAUUUUUUUCAGGAUCUCUACAGCACUUCAAAAGAGUUUCCCCUUUCAUACGAAACUUCAGGGCUCUGCUGCCUAAAGAUCCUAAAGUUAUUUUCACCAGUUCCUACUGCAGUAACAGUGUUUCAAAUACCUUCUGUGAUCAGUGAGAGCCUUUACAAUUAAGGCAAUAAAGCUCUUUAAACCAGAUAAUAAAAAUAAAAACAUGGAUUUUCUCUCAGUGGCGCUGCCAGAAUUUAACUUCUUUACAGUAACAUUUUGACGUUAUGGUCUGAGAUCCCUUUCAUUACGUGUGUGUGUCACGAUAGUGCAGAAAAGGCUGUCUUGCUGCUCUCAAGAACUAGAAAGGAAAGAAGUGUCUAGGAAUAGUAUCUUUUGCUCAUAUUGGACUGAAAAAAUAGUACAAUUCCAGUUGACUCAUAACAUGUUUACAUCAGUUAGCUGACGCUUCCUUUUUAAGUAGUCAGUGCCAGUUUUUCUUUUGUUAUGUGCAAAAGUGUGUAGGUAGCCUAAUAGCCCUUUCCCCUCAUAAAGAGCUGUUUCUGGAGGGGCUGAUUGGCAGCAGAGUAGGGGGAAGGAGAUUUUGCAAACAGAAGUUGAUCCCCUCAAGGGAGAAAAUCCAAUUGGUGAGCGAUCUGAAGUGGAGAAAUAGCAAACGCCUCCGAAAUGCUUAAGCACUGUCCCCUUUCCCCUCACUUUGCUCCAAAUCACACUCUACCAAAGUAAUUUUUCACGCUAAAGCAAAAAGCCACUGGGCUAUCAGGUAGUUUGGUCCUUAAAGCAGCACAUCCCUUCGCAAGAUGUGAGUUGUUUUGUAUUUUGCAGUAUCUAGGAAAAAACGGUCAAAUAAAUUGUUGGAAGUCAGAUUGCUUUAUCUUUCUAAAUGCCAUUUAUCUUAAUAAGACAGCCAGAAUUUUUUAUUCUGUGGCUGAGCAUCUAUCAGUGCGCUUAAGUUGUGUUUGAUUUUAUAAGGGCUAACAUUGUGCCUUGUUCUAUUCUGCAUAGUUUUGUACGUAAACACUGUGCCACGUAACACAGAUUUAACAGAGUUUAGCAGCCUUCCCCAAAUUUGUGCCCUCCAGAAAUUUUGGACUUCUAACUUCCAUCAGUCCUGCCAGUACGGCAAAUGAUUAGUUCUGGGAGUUGUUUUUUUUCAAAACAUCUGGACGGCACCAGAUUGGGAAGGCUGGAAUAUAGCAUUCUUGUAGAAAUUUAUGUGGCUAGUCAUUAUGGCUGUGAAAGGAUGUGUGAUGUAGAGCUGCAUUUCAUAUCUAUACAGCUUUGGCAAAGGGAGAAAAGGUUUAUAGAGGAGAUAUAAAGGCCAUUUCACUCAUGUAUAGGAGUUACUCUUGGAAAGUUCUAGCCAAUCCUGGCUCUUGCUACCUGUACGAUACAAAUGUGUGGAAAUACAUGCCACGUUCACAAUUUAUCAUUUUAGGUGUUGUGCCCAAAAUAUCUUGGGUGUAUGUGAAAGAAAAGGUAAUGGGCCUAAGAACUGUCCAAGAUAGUGCCGUACGUUCAGCAUUAAAACACUUGUUUUUUUCUUCCUAAUGCCACAUUAUUCCUGUCAUUCAUCUUCUUCCCAGCAAGACUCUUUCCGUGUUCUGA